AUGGCGACUCAAGAGGCUGAACAACUUCAUAUAUCCAAAUCCAAGAUGAAUAACGAGCAGUUUCGUCGGUUGCUUCUUGAUAACACAACUACUUCCCCUAGACAGGCUAAUUCUACUUCAAAAAAGACCUCAUCUGGUGAGAAUGCAACUUCAACUGAGAGAGGCAGCGCGUUGGGAUCGAGAAUGCGAUCCAGCAUCCCCAUGACACCCCGCGCGGUUUCAGGAGUAGAUUUCGCUCGCCAGUUAGCAGAACACAGACGCGACGUGCAGGGACAGCCACCACCGAAGAAAUUCAAAGCGGCUACAGGUCCAAAAGGGUUUAAAUAUGCACGGGGUUACGAGGAUAGGGCAUCACUACGGCAGAGCAACGAACAAAAAGCAACAGACGAUCGAGAAGAGCGAGUUCGCGGGUUGGAAGAGCUGCUGAAGCUAGGAAAGAUUGACCAGCCCACAUUUGACAAACUGCGGUCUGAGAUCGGCGUCGGCGGUGAUGUCUCGAGUACUCAUUUGGUCAAGGGUCUUGACUGGCAGCUGUUGAAAAGGGUCAAAGCAGGUGAAGAUGUUACGACCAAGAGCCAUGACCCCGAACCCAGCACUGCUGAUGACGAGUUCGAACGGAUAGUGGAGGAAAAAGAGAAGCAUAACGUUGAGAGCAUUGCAAUAAAGGAGAGGGAGAAGAAGAGAGGCACCCUUGCGCCUUUGGCACAAAUUUUGAAACAACUGAAAGCUAGCAGGCAAGGAGCAUUGCCACAAGCAGAGCCGUCCCUUGGAAGCAAGUUCAAGAAAAUCGGCUCCCAGGGGAGUAACAAAAAACGAUGGAUCGAGACGGAUGCGAACGGGCGACGGAAAGAGAUAUUAGUCAUUACAGACUCAAGUGGGAAGACAAAGAAAAAAACUCGGUGGCUGGACAAUGCAGGAGAGGUGAAUCCAUACCUGCUUUCUGUGAACAAGGACGCAAAGCCGCUCGGUAUGGAGGUUCCGGCAGAGGUGCUGGCAAGGAUGACGUCCACCAAAGAUGUGGAGGCGGAUGAGGAUGAGGAUAUAUUUGCUGGGGUUGGAGACGAUUACAAUCCGCUGGCCAAUGCCAAAGAGGAUGAGGAUUCUUCGUCAAAUGAGGAGGGUGAUAAGAAAAAGAGUCCAAGUGUGAAGGAAGCUUCCCCUCAAGCUGAUACAGAAACUAAGCUCGAACGGAAGCUCUCAUCAUCACAGCGCCGUGACUACUUUGCGACUGGUAAAUCUGGGCAGCUGGGAGCCUCUGAUGAACAGCAGCCAACUGACCGUUCAAACCCGUUUGUAUCCGAUCCCACCAUUCGAGACGCUUUACGGAAGGCUGCGACGAUCGGGAUACACGACCCGUUAUCUGAUGACGACACCGAUGGCGUGGCUAAUGGAUCUGCUCUAAAGCAUAGAUCCUUCUUGGAGGAAGCCAGGCGACGGGAGAGAGAGGAUGCUUUGGAUAUCGAUAUGGGUUUCGGUGGGAGUAGAUUUGGCGAUGAAGAAGAUGAAGAGGUCCUUGACCGGGGAGGCUCCAGCCACAGCAAGAGAAAGCGAGGGCCAAAGAAAAAGAAAGGAGACAAGAACAAUGUCAGUGAUGUGUUAAGAGUUUUAGAGGGAAGAGGUAAAACUUAA